CUUCCUUUUCCUGCGAAUGCCCUCCUUUAUUCGUAGAUAGCUAAUAACUUCCGAUGGUUUUUUUGGUAUCCACAAGAAUUGUUUCUCAUCCGUUCAUUAUCCCUACCUAGUCCUUUCAAUAAUCGAGAAAGCAUUCGUAGUCGUUCUUUUGGUGGUUAUUCGCUAUGUUAUUCACUCCUUAAUGUCACACCAAUUGUUUCCUUGAUGCAGCAUCCACUGCUUAGCCGACGUGCCCUUACCUAUUUACUAGCAAUUAGCAUUGCAUAAUCCACAACCUUGGAGUACUAGGUACUAGGCUACGCAUUUCCUUCUAGAGCCAACUCAUUGUUAAGCGUUAAGCGUCGAUUUCUACCCCUCGACGAAACAAAAUAGGGAAACAUAGAAGCCGAUUGUCUCGCGAAUCCCUGACGGAACCCACUUCUAUCCAGCUCCCCCUGUUACUUCAGUACCUUGGCAGGCGACAUCCAAGGACUGUGUAGACCGUGGUUGUGUGGACGAAUCCGUCUUGGUCUCUGCCUUCGUGUUGAGUAAAUAGGUACUGCUAACUGCUAGUACUACAACAUUACACACAAUCAUCGAAUCUCGAAGUUAUUUGCUUGACUCUUCCGCUGUCGAUGCACCACCUAUCCGACGUCACACGAGACUAAUUGAGGUUAGGCGGGUAAGGCUUAAGGCUUGAGGAGAGAUCGGACAUUCCAGCCUCUACCGGCCACUCUAAAUCUCGACUUGAGUGCCUGCGCCGCGUGAUGGAGCGGGACCCCGAAAUUCAGAAGAAAAAUGAAGACUCCCCGGUUAAUACGGAAUCGAGGGACCCAACGUUGGUGGAAUCGAACGCAAUGCAAUCGCCUGUCGAGAAAGACGACCGAAGAAUGCCGGAACACGAUUCGAUGGUGACGGUUCGGUUGUCAGAGCCGCCUUCCCUAACGGUGAAUACGGACUUUCCGCCGAAUACAUUACCUUUUAGAAAGAGCAUAUGGGGACAUGAAUGUACACCCACAAGUGCAACUGCGCCAAGUGCGACACCUGCGAUAGAGGAGGAAGUGACGACGGAGGAGAUAGUUGAAACUGAGAUUGAGUUGAAAACGCCGGCCGAUCCUCCCAAAAAUUUGCUACAAGAGCUUCAAGAAACAAACACGACAAGUCAGGAAGACGAGAAACCAACAGACGAUAUCGACCCCGACCCCGACUCAAUGGACGAGUCAGAUACGGAAGAGGUCGAUUGGGACCAAUUACAAAAGACGGAGGACGAACAAGUUAAAAACCAAGACGAUAAUUCUACAGCCUUAUUACUGGCACGACUCGAACAAGAGAACAAUAAAAUAGCCACGAAUCCGAAGAGCGUCAAAGUCAAGGUCGUCGAGCAAACACCAACCCGCCGACCGAGACCGCCAUCAAUGGCACAGAUGCGAGAUAUGGUCAACGGGCCAACGCCCAUGGCCUUACGAUACUCUGUCCUCCCUCCCCCGCCUAUGACCGAUCUCGAAUUUUACAUGGCACUCGUCAAGGAUUAUCAACAGACCGCUGCUCGUCUACCUACCUUGUUGUCCAAGAAGAUUCGAAAGGGAGUGCCGCCACCUUUGCGAGGCGUGGUUUGGCAGAGUAUGGCUGGUGCCCGCGACAGCUAUCUCCUCGAGCAAUUCGAUAGACUCUGCGGCGAAUCGAGUCCUUAUGAGGGAAUCAUCGGCAAAGAUCUUGGUAGAAGCUUUCCAGGCGUGGAUAUGUUCCGAGACCCGGACGGCGACGGGCAGCGAAUGCUUGGAAGAGUGCUGAAAUGCUUCAGUCUCUACGAUCAGAAGAUUGGAUAUUGUCAAGGACUUGCAUUCCUGGUUGGUCCUUUACUAAUGCAUAUGCCAGAUAGUCAAGCUUUCUGUGUUCUAGUGCGGUUGAUGGAGUAUUACGAUCUACGAUCAUGCUUCUUGCCCGACCUGUCAGGUUUGCACGUUCGCAUCUAUCAAUUCCGUGAGUUGCUUCGGCUGAAUCUGCCCACUUUAUCGAACCAUCUCGACGAACUACAGGUCGACCCAGCCUAUGUUUCGCAAUGGUUCCUCUCAUUCUUUGCCGUAACAUGCCCCCUGCCAAUGCUGUUUCGCAUCUACGAUGUCAUUUUUGCCGAAGGUGCGUCGGAGACUAUUAUGCGGGUGGCCCUGUCGCUCAUGCGCAAAAACGAGAGCCGCAUCUUGGCCUGCACUGAGCUUGAAGAUGUUAUGCAACUCCUUUUAUCUCGUGGAUUGUGGGAUUGUUAUCAUUACAAUGCAGAUGAAUUUGUCGAUGAUUUCGUUAGCCUGUCUAGUGUCGUAUCGCGAGAGAAAUUAGCCCAGCUUGAGCAGGGGUAUCGCGAGGAAAAGAUCGCCAGUGCCAAUGCCGCGCGAGCGGCCGAUGUUACCACAGCUGCCUCCCGAUUUUUGGGCCGUCUAUGGACUACGAGCACCUCUUCCCCGAGAUCAGGAACUCUUUCACCGGGACUCACCGCACCGUUGAGACCGUUAAGCAUGCUGCGCCGAAGUGCUUCAAAACAGAGUCUGGCGUCCACGCUGAAUUCUAUGGAAGCCAGCUCCGCUAGUGUCCUUAGCACCGUAUCCACCGACGCGACCACGCUAUCGCGCGACUCGUCCAAUGCCGACGAUGCAUCCUUCCGUGAGUCGACGCCAAUUGUGACGAAGCAACAAUCGAGUCGCGCCGCCGCCGACAAGAAUCUUCAUACCCAGAUUGAGGACCUCCUCACCGCCCUCAGCGAACUGCAGCGAAAUCAUGCUUUGCUAGCUACACAACUCCAACAAGAAAGGGAAGAGAGGGACGAGGACAGAAAAGCGGUCAAGUCAUUGCUGGCUGGAUUGAAGAAGAAAGCUGGGAAUGGGGAAACUAGUACGGCAGAGGAUGAGAACGCCGCCGAUGACAAGACAGAAGACAAAGCGGAGGAAGGAAAUAAGUCCGAUGAAGAUCGCUUGUCUGUGUUGAUGGAGGUGGUCGAGGGUCGUUUCCAUGUCGAUGAAGGACAGAAGCGCAGGUCAUCCUCGUUGUUGACCAAGGCACAACUACGCGAUGAAUUGUCUAGGACAAAGGAUCUAUACAGAAUUGAGAUGUCCAAGACCCAAGGCUUCAAUCGUCGCAUCGAGGAACUUGGACAAGAAGCCAACACAUUACGAGAACAGAUUCGCGAGAGUCACGCCCACGUUCGAAACCUGCAUCAGGACAAACAGCGUCUCGAGAGGCAGGUGCACACUAUGCGCGUGCGAGCUUCGGCUGAAACGCCCGGAUCGACAGCGGAACCCGGAGGCUGGUUCUCGUCGGGGGCUAAUCUGACUGCUGACAGCGGUACUGUCAACGGUGGCAGGGCUAAUAACGGCCUUCGGGAAUUUAAGCUCGGACGUAGCAAGUCGACGCCAAACACAUCGGCCUUCGCCUCUCGUUCCGGAUCGCUAGUCAGGACGCAAACGGAGCCAGUCCCCUCGAGCGAGAAUGACAGCCUCGUGAUGGAACUCAUACAGGCCAAGACAGCCGAGGCAGUGGCUCGCCAGGAGGCCGAAGAAUACAAGCAGAAGCUUGAGAGUCUACGGAAAGCUUAUGGGAUUACUGGUGCAGAGUCGCCCAACGGUACAUCUACGAUGGGGAUGAUCAAUCGAUUUGCAACCUCAAUUUCAGAAGCAAGCGGUGGCACUAAGAGUACCACCCCUUCUCACGCACCUACACCCUCUACUGCUACUAAUGCUGGUGGCUUCUGGGGUUGGAGACGAUAACUGCCGG